UAGCCUUCCCUGCAAAGACCUAGCUACCACACAAACAUUCUCCCAACUAGCUACGUACACAUCCCUCUCAAAACAAGAUGUCGACGGUGAAGGUUGGCAUGUUUGGCGGGUCCAAAGGUGAUGUCUGCGACAUCACCGGAUUGUCAAGUUUUGCGCCGUCGAGCCUGAGGAGCAUGGAGAUUUGGAGCACACCGGGUCACGAAGGGGUCAUAAACGCCAUACGCUUCACGUUCGUCGACAACAAAAACAAUGUGAUCCCGGUUGGUCCAUGGGGCACCCCGCUCCGUGGUCAGAAAAGCCAGACUAUUCACUUGACAAAUGUGCGUGUCGUCGAGCUCUCCGGCUACACCAAUGGCCAAUACAUCACCUCACUCUCCUUCCGCACCACCGACGCCCCAAGGCAUCAUGGACCAUUCGGAAAAGUGAGGCCAGCAACUGGGUCCGACACUUAUUUCCGCGUCCCUCUCAUGCAUGGCUCUAUCGUGGCCUUCUGCGCCCAAGCCGACGACUACCUCAGUGCCAUUGGUGCCUAUAUCAAGAACUGAGCCCUCAUAUGCGUAUAUACCCAGCCUGGCUGGUCACUCUCUCUAUAUGUGUGUGUGUACAUGUGUGCCGUUGUUCAAUAACACGGUGGCCCCGUCGGUCAAAACGUGCAAGCUACCCAGCCUAGCUGGUAACUAUAUGUGUGUGUGUGUGCAUGUGUUUGGUCAUGUGAUGUUUAAUAUGAUGUGUGUGAUGUAUUGGUUAAGAGUUUUCUUAUCGUAGCUUUGGUUCAGGGUUUCUGGCAUAUAUAACUGGGGCACCAAAAUCCUGCUGCGCCCAAUGUGCCAUUGACGGUGCAGUGGUGAGACAGAUAAUAGGUCGCUGGCAGAGAAAAAAAAGUGAUUGAAUUGUAUAAAAAAGGCUACUACAUCGUCCUAAAAAAUGUU